AUGUCCUGCGUCGGAUCGAACCCGUGUAUCGCGAGUGCCCACCGCCACCGCGCCAACGGGGUCACCGUCGCUCUCCGCAGUUCACGGGGCUCACCUCACGUGCGGCACAAAGCGAUGCCGCCGCCAGAUACGCUCGCGUCCGCACACGUCCCGUUUGUACUCUUAUCGGGGGAUCGUGUAAGAUGGCGGCAAAAAACGCGACAACGAGAACUGUUCCCGCCAGAAUCGCCCGUUCGAGAGAGCUCGCGAGGUUGCAUACAACCUCCUUCAUGUGGU